AUUAGGCUCAAUUCCGCUAUUUUGAGUUCAAUAUUCUGCACAACUUUGUAACCCUGUAUACAGUAGAAUCUAAAAUGUUCUAUAAACGGCUGAAGUUAUAUAGUGCGAGAUCCAUUUGGCUUAAUGGGCAGGUAUCUGUUUUUUUAUUAAAACUUAAUUUCCAUGAAAGGUAAAUAAUUAUAUAACAGAUUACAGCAGGGUUGCCUGGCAAAACAAACUGAUUCCAGCGGCUGCCAGAUGGGUCGGAUAGAAUUUCUCCAGAACAAGCACAAAAAUCCCUCAAAAGUGCUAUUUUUAAGAAAAUCCCCUAAAUCACACAUGUUUAAUGGAAAGCGGAAGAGAGUAGGCCCAAACGCAUGAAGAGAGACACUUCUUACAAAGCAAAAGCCUUUGAAAAAUUCAAGCAGUUGAAAAGCGGAAAUAGGAACAAAUACGAAGUGGAAGAAUUGGAAAGUGUAUACGAAUUGGUAGAUGAAAAGGAUUAUGUCAAAAAAGUGCUUUCAAGGCAGGAUGAAGAUUGGAUAGUGGAUGAUGAUGGAAGUGGGUAUAUCGAGGAUGGUAGGGAUAUUUUUGAUGAUGAUUUGGAUUCAGAAUCAAUUGCGCAAGCUCAAGCUUCCGGAAGAGAUAAAGGGAAGAAGAGGAAAAAGAAAGCUGUAUCUGAAAAUGCUGGAAAAGGCAACCUAGCACAAAUGCUCUCAAAUAUGCCAGUUAAAAAGAAGGAGGAAAUUAAAAUAGAUGAAGAUGCAAUGUUAACCGAGAUAUUAGAAGAAAUAGAUGAUCAUGAUGGACCACUUAAACCAAAACAGAAUAAAAUAACUGAAGAUGAGUGUUCGAUUAAAUCAAGAAAACAAGCAGCCAUGGAUUACAUGAAAAGCUUCUCAGUUCCUGCUAAGAAACCACCUAGUCUUACAAUUCGUACACCUAAAAAGGAUGUGAAGAAAGAAAAUAUUCCAGAAAAUACUGUAGAAGUAUCAAAAAUCAAAACAGAAAUUGUUUCCCCAAAACCCGUUGCAGUUAAAAAAGAAAACAAUAGUGGUGAAUCUACUCAGGAGAAAAGGCUGUUGAACGGACAUGCUUCUUCUCAAUCAGAGGUGAUAAAAGAAGAAACACCAAGCAUCAUUGAAGAUAGUCAAGUGUCUGCUAAAGAUUCAGAAGAAAUGAAAAUAGAAGAUGAUUUUACGCAAGAAUGUUUCGACGAUGAUUUAGAUAUGUCAGUGAUAGAAGACUUUGAAUCACAGGAGAUGAAUAAUAAAGCUGAAGAGACUGAAGACCCAGUAUUAGGUGAAUGGCAGACAGAAUUCAGCACUGCAUGGGAAAAUGAAGAGACAGUCGAGAUAAAUAGCAGUGUUUUAGAUAAGACUGAUAUUCCCUUAGUGGUGAAUGCUGAUGGUAAAAAGGUUUUGCGUUUUUUCUGGUGGGAUGCUUUUGAAGAUGCAGAAAGGCACAAGGGAGUGAUAUUUCUUUUUGGGAAAACUUAUUGUGAGAAAGUUAAAAACUAUGUUAGCUGCUGUGUAGCCGUGAGAAAUAUAAACAGACAGAUAUUUUUCCUACCUAGAACGCAUGUUUUGGGUGACGAUGGUAAAUCUACGGAUGAACCUGUCACAUUCAAGAAGCUAUAUGAAGAAGUGAAUGAUACCAUAAUGAAACCAUUGAAGAUAAAUAGUUUCAGAGCGAGAUAUGUUCAUAAGAAAUACGCUUUUGAUCCCGAAGUGCCGGCUGACUCUGAUUAUAUGGAAGUUAGAUACCCUCCUACAGACCCAAAGAUAGAUAUCAACUCAUUGAGGCGUCCUCCGCGCACGUUUUGGCGCAUAUUUGGAGGGGAUUCCCCAUUUCUGGAAUUGUUGCUACUGGAACGUCGCAUUCGAGGUCCUUGUUGGCUAGAUAUUAGCGAUCCUGUACCAGUAAAUGCACCAGUUUCUUGGUGCGCACUCGAGGUAAACUGCUCCCGGCCUGGUGAACUAACGGUGUUCUCUGGCGAUGGCGGUAAACAACCGCCUCCACCGCCUCCGUUAGUUGUGUUGACGCUCCAUAUGCGCACGGCCGUCAACCCCAAAACGCACGCCAACGAGAUACUGAUGGUCAGUUGUCUUGCACACGAUCGGUACGCUCUUGACGGGAAAAUACCGCAUCCUCCCUUCAAACAACAUUUUUGCGUGUUUACGAACCAGUCUCAGCACCCUUUACCAUUGGAUAUUCACGAGGCGCUUAACAAAUAUCGUGCCACCAAAGUGCAAAAAAUGGGCAGCGAAAAAGCCUUGCUGAACUACCUGGUUGCCCAGCUGAGUAAAAUCGACGCCGAUCUCAUAGUCGGCCAUGAUUUACACGGCCGUCAGGUGGCGCUGUUAGCCGAACGGCUCACUAGAUUGGAUGUGAAGAAUUUCGGAAAACUUGGUAAGUUGAGGAUAACAGAGAAAAAGAGACUGGAUAGAAGAUUGUUUGCUGGCAGAUUAGUAUGCGAUAUUAAGAUCACGGCGAAGGAACUGAUCAAGUCAAAAUCGUACGAUUUGGAAGCACUGUGUCAGGUGGUGUUAAAGAUGAAAGAGAACCAAUUUACGGAGCUAGAACCGGGUGAUAUACCGAAAAUGUUCGGAACAUCGGGCAGCAUCACGAGACUUAUUUCGCUAACAAUGCAAGAGGCGUCUUAUAUUUUGAGGAUUAUGUAUGAAUUGAAUGCUAUACCCUUAGCUUUACAGAUAACAAAUAUUGCUGGCUGUGUGAUGUCCAGAACAUUAUUGGGCGGUAGAUCAGAGCGUAACGAAUUCCUGCUUUUGCACGCGUUUGCUGAGAAAGAUUACAUCGUUCCGGCCAAACAAUACAAAAAGAAUGAUGAUGGAGCUAAGCAAUCUGCAAGAAAGAAACCAACGUAUUCAGGCGGUCUCGUGUUAGAACCCAAGGUUGGCUUUUACGAUAAACUCGUGUUAUUGAUGGACUUUAAUUCUUUGUAUCCAAGCAUAAUACAAGAGUAUAACAUCUGCUUUACCACCCUGCCUGCCUCGAGUGAUAGGGAAGAUGCCCCUGAAAUUGUAUUGCCGUCAAGAGACACGCCACCCGGAGUAUUGCCUACAGAAAUUAGAAAGUUGGUGGAGAGCAGAAGAGAGGUGAAAAAAUUGAUGAACGCACCCGACAUAGCGAGCGAUCAAAGAAUGCAGUACAACAUCCGUCAAAUGGCGCUGAAGUUGACAGCCAACAGUAUGUACGGAUGUUUAGGAUUCUCGAAUUCUCGUUUCUAUGCGCGAUCUUUAGCCGCUCUGGUCACGCACAAAGGUCGAGAAAUUCUAACGCAUACCAAGGAUUUGGUCGAGAAGAUGGGCUACGAGGUCGUGUACGGUGACACCGACAGUAUCAUGAUCAGCACUAAUUUAUUGGAAUAUGAUCAGGUGACGAAGAUCGGUUUAAAGAUAAAACAAGAGGUGAACAAACUGUAUAGGCAAGUCGAACUUGACGUAGACGGCGUUUUUAAAUAUUUGCUGCUUUUGAAAAAGAAGAAAUACGCUGCUGUAACAUUGUCAAAGGGACCGGAUGGGAAAUUGCGCGAAAUUCGUGAAUACAAGGGAUUGGAUAUCGUUAGAAGAGAUUGGUCUCCGGUGGCUAGUGAAAGUGGUAAGUUCGUUCUCGAACAUAUUUUGAGUGACCAGUCUUCAGAUGAGCGCGCUGCAGCUGUCCAGCAGUACCUGUGCAAACUCCGAUCAGAUUUGGAGGAAGGUCGAGUACCUUUACCACUUUUGGUGAUCACCAAACAAUUAACGAAAGACGUCAAAGCAUAUGCUGAUGCCCAGCAACAGCCACAUGUGCGAGUAGCGUUGCGAAUGGAAGGAAGAUUCAGAGCUGGCGAUACUGUACCGUACGUAGUUUGCACAGAUGGAACGACUAAUCCCCCUACGCAACGAACGUACCACAUCGAGGAGUUGAAAAAGCGACCGGAUGAUCUCAAGAUCGAUGCUCACUACUAUUUGGCGCAACAGGUGCAGCCGGUGAUAUCCCGUAUCUGCGAACCGGUAGAGGGCAUAGACGCCUUCCUUAUCGCUGAAUGCCUGGGCGUUGAAGCACCGAAAGCGCGUGGCCCCGCCUCAUCGAAUCGUGACGUAGGAGAGAACACGAUCCGACCGGAAGUGCGGUACCGCAACGCAGGCCGUUUCCGGUUCCAGUGCUUGGGGUGCAAGGUCGACUUGGAGGCGGAUGACGCGGGUGCGUGGUUGGGAAGGGCUUGUAGCAGCGAUGGUUGUCGUUACAGGCCGGUGGAUUAUCUCGCGCACGUGCAGAAUCAGCUCACGUUGUCGAUUCGGGGGUAUAUUGAGAGAUACUACGAUUGCGAGUUGACGUGUGAAGAUCCAGCAUGUUUAAACGUGUCGACUAGACGAUUGCCUUUACGUUUUGUACGUAGACACCCGGUGUGUUUUGUUUGCAAACAAGGCGUUUUGUAUCGCACGUACAAUGAGGGGCAGUUGUACACACAAAUUGCUUACUUCAGGUACCUCAUGGAUCCCUCUAGGUUUACGAAAACCGUCCUAGAGUAUGACGUACAGGAAGGUUACUUCACGUUGAUGGAAACUGUCGAAGAGGUUUUGAAUGAUUCUGGCUAUUCCGUGAUAAACUUGAGUGAAUUAUUUGCCGGAUUUGAAGUUGCAAGCAAAAUAUUUGCGCAGAAAAAAUCACAAGCUGUCACAACUAUGGAGACGUACAACGAAUAUUAUGAUGAUGAUGACGACGAUUUGUGAUUUUUUAAUGUAAGCUUAAAUAUGUCAGCUAUUUUAGGCACUACUCAUUUUUUUACUUGUAUAUAUACAGGAUUAUUUAAUAAAAUGUUUAUCUUA